AUGGCAACUGAAAAGGAUUUAAUUAAUGCAGUAAAAGAAUCACUUAAAACAGAUGGAAAUUUGGGCCGUAUAAAAGCUGAAAUGCGUACAGAAGUUAUAAAAUUAUUAGAUAAUUCAACUAAAGGAAAUAAAACACAAUUCCCAAAACCUCCUUUAGAUAUAAUAUUUUUAAAUGAACUUAUUCGAGAAUAUUUAGAUUGGAUGGGAUAUAAAUACAGUUCCACAGUAUUUAUUUCAGAGUGUGAUUUAUCAAAACAACCUCUUGAUAGAUCUUUGUUACUGCAAAGUUUAGGGCUAAAGGAAAGUGAAAGCAGUAUAAAUUUACCACUGCUGUGUAAUAUCAUAGAAACAUUUAAGAAUUUAAGAAAUACAUAA